UAGAUUCCCAAGUCCAGGUAAAAAAUGCUUCUCCACCAAUUCUCGCAAAAAUGCAUAUAUGGUCUCAAGCACUUGGAAGGCUUUGUUGGUGAUGGGAUGUUGGUGAUGUAAAUGAAUUUUAUGUGUACGUAGACAUGCACUCUCAUGCUGUAUGUACCACGAAUAAUAGAGAUCUCAAUCAUAUAGGAUUUCUUGCUCAUACUUUCUCUCGUUCAAGGCAACCAACAUCGCUCCUUUCAUCUGAUUGCCGGAACAUCUAUCGCUGUUCUUAUUUUGGUCGCAAGUUAUUGAAAUCACGGGUUCGAGGACAUGGGUUUCGCGUGCGCCGUGGAGUUCUUCGUGUUUGCGCCAUGGAUGAUGACUCAGUGGGUGUUUCCUCACUCGAUGACUGGGGGGACAGUAACAGAGCUGUUGAAUAUAUGUUUUCAUCAAGCGAAGGUGAAGAUAGUGAUGGGGAAAUCAUUUUACAGCCAAUAACUGAUGUUGAUUUGCCUACCUCAAAAGAACAAUUUCUUCCAUCUGAUGACUCCAUAACUGUGACUGCACAUAGGCUUGCAACGCUUGGUAGAACACGGAAGAGAAGAAAGACUGUUUAUGGAGUCAUGAAUAAUGUUGGACUAAUAUCAUUCUCAACACUCCUACUUUUACUUGUGGAUCAGUGUGCAUGGCGAAUCGUGAGAUUGCCUCUUGCACCAUUCCACUUGAUGCGGCCAUUUCUGAUAUCUGUAGUGUUAGUGUCUUGUGCUGGUUAUAUUUGUGUCCCGUUAUUUCGUAUGUUGAAGCUUCAGUCCAUAGUUAGGAAAGAGGAACCCACUCAACACUCUUGUAAGAAAGGAACCCCAACGAUGGGUGGAUUGUAUUUUGUACCAAUCGGUCUACUUGUUGCAGAAGUUCUACUAAAUUUUUCUUCCACCGAAGUUUCUGGAGCAGCAGCAGCAACUGUUGUGUUUGCUGCAAUUGGGCUAUUGGAUGAUUUAUUGAGUAUCAACAAUUGUAAUCAUGGUCUACCUGGUUGGAUGAGAAUUUUGUUGGAGGUAGCUGCUGGGACAUGGUUUUCCUAUUGGUUAUACACAACAGACAUAUCAACACCCUACAGCAUGAAAAUGGUGAUUCCUUUACCAGCACCAUUGGGCCUCGUUUGCCUCGGAAAAUUUUACCCAGUCUUGACUUCAUUCUGUUUUGUUUCGAUGACAAAUGGAAUUGAUUUAACUGAUGGGCUUGAUGGAUUGACUGCCGGGACUGCUGCUUUAGCAUUUAUUGGAAUGUCAAUUGUGGCUCUUCCAAUAUGUUCUGACCUUUCUAUAUUUGGAGCAUCAAUGGCUGGAGCAUGUGUUGGCUUUCUUUUCCAUAACCGGUACAGAGCAUCUAUAUUCAUGGGUGAUACAGGAGCAUUGGCUUUAGGUGGGGCUCUUGCUGCAAUGGCUUCUUGUACGGGAAUGUUUUUCCCCCUGUUCAUUUCAUCAGGAGUAUUUGUCUUGGAAGCCCUUUCAGUUAUUAUACAGGUAUCCUUAUUCAAGGCAACCAAAUUUUUCCGGCAAAGGGGCUAUAGGUUGUCGCAAGUGGCACCUCUCCGUCACCACAUUGAGUUAUUUGGAAUUAAAGAACCAACCAUUGUUGCGGCUGCAUAUGUUGUCUCAUGUGUGUUGAUCUUAUGUGCGGCGUAUGUUGGUCUUACUUCAGCAUGAACUUUACCUUCUUUCUUUUUUGUUGGGGGAUCAUGAGAAGAUACUGGACAUUUAUAUCUGUACUGAUGAUAUAUUUUUGGCUAGAGUAGCCGUAGGUGAAAGUGAGAAAUUCAUGUAUAGCAGCGUGGCAGCCAAUUUUUGGUGGUCAGCUUAUUGAGUUGACUCUUCUAAUUAUAUACAACUAAGCAUGUGUGGUAGUUUCCGCGCACAUCAUUUUAUUGAA